AUGGUUCCCUCUUUGACCGAUAUCCUGGAUCAAUUCGACAACGAGGACUUGCCUGACCUGAACAUGAUACCCGUCAAGGUUCGAUCGGCUAUGGCUGCCACGAGCAAUCUCAGUCCACAAGGUCGACUGUGGACCAGCAAACCCAUCAAGUGUGGUCAAGCCGUUGUAAAGUUAGAUGCGACUGCACUACCCAUGAACUGCGUCCUGCCAAAUAUGGCGUUUGGCAACAUGUCGUUACUCCCGGAUCCUUUUUUCGCCGAAUUACCUGCAGGUUAUAGUACGGGCCUCAUCCGACAAUACCUUCCGCGAAUGAAUUCUACAGCUCAUCGGGUAGUCAUCACAGAGCCUGAGUUUCCCACAAACUGCGCUGAUCUGCCGGGUGCCUUCUAUGUUAGGUACGCAGCGACGAACCCGAACUAUAUCGCCAUAACAGGUUGGGGAAACUGGAGCCUGGAAGUUUGCAUGCCAGCGAACUUGACGCAGUCGCCGUGGCGUGCUAUCAAGCACGACGACGUCCAAAGACAGGUAGCCAACUUUGUGCACUCACUGUAUUGGAACUACUUCGAUGGGUGCAAGGGCGAUCGCAUCACGAAUGCCUUCACAUCCACUGCGUUUCUCGCCAACGAGGCAUGGCUCUCCUCUACAGCAUUCAUGAAAACUUGGUCUGUGACGUACGACCACGGUGCCGACACCCUCGUGCCUGUUAUAUCGCGUACCGGCAUUCUAGUCAUCUCCAUCCUUCUCGGCGUCUUUUUGGCAUCGCUUCUAGGCCUCGCAAUCUACAGCGCUGUCUUGCCGCGUUGGACCGAUCGGCUGGAUGCCUUCGCCAUGUUGCGCAUCGGCGCUUCCAUCUCCGACAAGAUCCAAUUUCGAAUCAUCCCGGACGCUCAGCGCGUUCAUGUGUUGGAUGAACUGCCGGGAUGGAUCGGCGAUGCGGCCAGUGUUGAGGAUGCGCAGGGCGAACUGGCGCUUGGCGGUCCUGGACGACUUGAUAGGAAGCGAAAGUUCGCUGCGUACGUUAUACGGGAUGCCGGGAACGGAAAUGAAUCAUGA